CCAUCACCUUCCAGCACUCCCAGAAGCUUUUCAUGACGUCACGAAAUAGCUUUAAUGGAUAAUUCUACUUUUUCCAGUAAUUUCACCGCCAAAAGUCACCUUCUUUUUCCAUAUAAAUACUUUCUUCGCGUGCCCGCCAUUCGAAACCCACCAUACCCAAAACUCCAAACAACCUCAAUUCCUUCUAAUCUGUCCCCAGAGAGUGAAAAAUAGCUUCCCUUCAUUUCAGUUCUGUUCCUUAAUGGAGAAGAAAGAAGUAGAAAUCAUCUCUUCUCGUCCACCUUACUGGGUUCGAUGGAAUUCCAUCGGAAAAGGUUCAUUCGGAACUGUAAGCCUUGCCUCUUAUGUAUCCGAUGGAAAAGUUUUUGCUGUGAAAUCAGUGAAUCAAAACUCAUCCCUCACUUCCCACCUCGAAUCGUUAGAGAAUGAGAUUCAAAUUCUCAGUUCUCUAUCCUCCCCUUGUGUCGUUCAGUACCUCGGCGAUGACCUGACCCAUGAAUCCGGCAACGUUAGUUACCGGAAUUUGCACAUGGAAUACUUGCAGGGAGGCACAGCUGCUGAUGUGGCAUCCCGGUUUAGUGGAAAAGGUGAUGAUCAGCGUGUCGUGAGGUCUUAUACAUGGUGCAUCGUAUCUGCGUUGAGGUAUGUUCACGGUAAGGGUUUCGUUCACUGCGACGUCAAGGGGAAGAAUGUGCUUCUGGGUUCUGGUUCGACCGCCGGCGUAGCCAAGUUAGCAGAUUUCGGAUCGGCCAAGCGGUUUUCCGGCGAAGAAAAUAAGAUAUUUCCCCGAGGAAGCCCGCUUUGGAUGGCACCGGAAGUGGUUCGAGGGGAGAAGCAAGGGCCAGAGUCCGAUGUAUGGUCACUGGGUUGUACGGUCAUCGAGAUGGUUACAGGGAAACCAGCUUGGGAAGAUCACGGUGCCGAUACGCUGUGCCGGAUUGCAUUCUCUGAUGCUGUUCCGGAAUUUCCAGAUGAACUAUCGGAGCUUGGUCGCGAUUUUAUCGACAAAUGUCUCAGGAGAGAACCCAGUGAGAGGUGGAAUUGCGAGCAGCUCCUCCACCACCCUUUCGUGUCGGCCGGAGCCGUUACAGAGUCAUCACCUAGAUCAACACUCGAUUGGCCUUCCUCGGAAUUCGACGACGACAACGAUGGUGAUGAAGAAGAAGAAGAAAGUGAAUUUACUGAUUUUCAGAAUUCAAAUUUGAAUUCAGAAGGAUUAGUAAUUUGUGCGAAGGAGAGAAUUAGGGGAUUAGCUACUUGUGGAGGGGUAAUUUGGGAAUCUGACGGUUGGGAAGUGGUGAGGUCGUUGGGUUCGGUUUGGGACAGAGGAGUAGUAGCAGAGACCGCAAGUGGUGAAGAGGAUGAGGGAAGAGGAAGGACAAGUUUGGAAUAUUCGGAUUUGAGGAGUGAAAGAGAGGAAAAGGCAGGGACUAGUUGUUCAGAAACGUGGAAUAUUGGGAGAGAACUUGAAGUCGAAGGAAGUGAAAGGAUAGAUUCGGAAUUUUUGGAUUCUAUUGGUGGAGGAACUUAUAGUGAUGAGUGGCUGUCUUAUGUGAGAACAUGGCCUUAUUGGUGGGGAAAUGACAACAAAGCUGGUUCGGGUUGGCAUAUAGGGCUGUUGCCAAUUAGAUGUAAGGGAUUUUACAGCUGUAAUAGUUUUUUAUUUUUUAUUAAUGAUAUUCAGAUUUUAUAUAUUAUUUUUAUUUUGACCACGUGUCAGAAUCAUGUGAACCACUCUCUCUCUCUCUCUCUCUCUCUGUCUCGCUAAUAUUACCUUCAGAUCCGUGUCUCUCUCCCAUUUUCUUUCCUCUCUUCUUCUCCCCUUCCCCUCUAGCUCGGAGGGAUAGAAAGGGUUUCUGGCUUCUCCAGAUCUCUGAGCGA